AUUUUUUUUGUUUAUUCUUGAGAAAGAGACAGAGCAUGAGUGGGGAGGGGCAGAAUGAGACAGGGAGACACAGAAUCCGAAGCUGUCAGCACAGAGCCUGACAUGGGGCUUGACCCCAUGAACUGUGAAAUCAUGACCUGAGCUGAGGUCGGACACUUAACCAAUUGAGCCACCCUGGUGCCCUUAUUUAUUUAUUUUUUAAUGUUUGUUUAUUUUUAAGAGAGAGAGAGAGAGAGACAGAAUAUAAGUGGGGGAGAGGCAGAGAGAGAGGAAGCACAGAAUCUGAAGCAGCCUGCAGGCUCCGGGCUGUCAGCGCAGAGCCCAACGUGGGGCUUGAACCCAUGAACCACGAGAACAUGACCUGAGCCGAAGUUGGAUGCUCAACCGACUGAGCCACCCGGAUGCCCUGUGCACCUAAGUUUAUCUUGCCUUUGGAGUCCCUGAAUGAUCUAACCCAGUGGUUCUCGACCAGACGUGAUUUUGUCCUCCAAGGGACAGGUGGCAAUGUCUAGAUAUUUGCAGGUUGUCACAACUGGAGAGGGUGUUGUGCUGAUGAUAUCUAGUGGAUGGAGGCCAGGGAUACUGCUGAACCUCCCAGAAGCACAGGACAGCCCGUCCCUACAUCGACAAUCACCUGGUCCAAAUGUCAAUAGCACCGAAGUUGGGACACCCUGUAUAACCUCUAUGAUAACCUCAUCAGCCUCAGCAUUUUGCACUCUUGAUUCCAGCCACACUGUUCACUUCCUGGUUACGCGAAAAUGCCAAGCUCUUUGCCUCAUCGAGGCUUAGGGGCAUGCUAAACAUGCUGCUAUUCCUUCGUGAAAACUUCUUACCGCCGGGGAUAAUCUCAGAUGUCCAACGGAAAGCUCCAUGAAACCAUCCCGUGAAGGAGAUCCUUUAGCUAGCAUUCCAUCUCAAUGCCUCAGGAGGCAGACACAGUACCACCUUGGGCUGGUGGGAGAAGAUAAACGAGCUUCUGCGAGCUUGUGAUUAAGUCACGCUACUGAGGGGACGUCUCCAGCUUCAUGAGCCGCAAUUAGGAAAGGCCAGGCUGCUGGGGGAAGGGAAGAGAGGGUUCUGGAUCCUCACCACAUCCUGUGUCUCUGCUCCCACUCCCUGCAGCGUCCCUCCUGGGCUACAGAGCUCUGGACGGGCUGAAGGACCAUGGCCCCGUCCCUGUCUGCCCUUCUCGGUCUCGGGCUGUGUCUGGGGCAGGUGGUGCAAAGUCGGCAGGUCUCUCUGCCCAAGCCCUCCCUCCACGCCCUGCCUAGCUCCCUAGUGCCGCUGGAGAAGCCGGUGACCAUCCAAUGCCAGGGGCCUCCGGGUGUGGACCUGUACCGCCUGGAGAAGCUGAGGUCUGGGAAGUAUAAGGAUCAGGCCGUCCUCUUCAUCCCGGCCAUGAAGCAAAGUUUCGCCGGGUGCUACCGCUGCUCCUACCAGAACGGGACCCGCUGGUCUCCCCCGAGCGACCGGCUGGAGCUGGUGGCUACCGGUACCUGGAUGGGAGUUUACGCCAAGCCCUCGCUUUCAGCCCAGCCUGGCCCAGCCGUGUCCCCAGGAGGGGAUGUCACUCUACAGUGUCGCAGCCAAUACGGUUUUGACCAAUUUGCUUUAUACAAGGAGGGGGACACUGGCCCCUACAAGGGACCUGAGAGGUGGUACAGGGCCGAUUUCCCCAUCAUCACAGUGACUGCUGCCCACAGUGGGAUCUACCGAUGCUACAGCUUUUCCAGCCAACACCCAUACCUGUGGUCAGCCCCCAGCGACCCCCUGGAGCUUGUGGUCACAGGGACUUCUGCGACCCCCGGCUGGUUACCCACAGAACCACCUUCCUCUGUGACAGAAUUCCCAGAAGCCUCCAGGAGACUGAACAUCUCAUUUAUCAACAAAGGCUCCACAACUGAGCCUUCCAGGAAUAUCACCAUCUUUCCAAAGGGGUCAGACUCUCCAAUUGGUCUUGCCCAGCAGCACUACACCAAGGGCAAUCUGGUCCGGAUAUGCCUCGGGGCUGUGAUCCUAAUACUCCUGGUGGGGUUUCUGGCAGAAGACUGGCACAGCCGAAAGAAACGCCUGCUGCACUUGGUCAGAGCUGUCCACAGGCCACUCCCACCCCUUCCGCAAACCCAGAAGCCACACAGUUGGCAGGACAAGGGUCGACCAGAUGGCUAUACCCAUGGGUGCCACAACUAGAACCCCAAGGCUUGGCUAUAUCUGUGAGACAGGGAUUGUGAAGACCGUGUGUGGAAUGUAAGAUCAAGAGGGUAGGGCCUGUGGCUGUGGAGAAGGAGGGCCAUGGGAACCCUCCUUGGUGCCCCAUCAAAGAGCUGUUGAGCCAGUGUCUAUGGCUUUCUGAGGACUCCCUUCACUCGGGAUUAGAGGUAUCUAGAGGAUGUUACCAUCUCCUUGCUCCUAUCUGGCACAUUGUGGAUCUAACGGGACCACCACACUGACCUUUUCCUUCAACCUUUUCUGAUACAUGUUCUGGAUUGACCUCCACUGUCCUCAACACUCACAGCUGACCUUGUUCUAUCCUCUGCACAAAACCCUCCCACACUUCCCUGUUAGCCCCUGUGCUUUCUCCGCAUAUCCAUAAAUAUAAAACUAUAGCUCAGAUGGUUAAUUCAGACUAGUACUCAUUUCCUGAGCCCAUCAGCCUAGCUUCUCUCCUAACCAGAAACAUCUGGUCACAUGUGUGAGCACUCAGGUCUUGCCCCACCAUACCCAUGCCUUCCCACCCUGAGAUAUCCUUCUCUUUGGUCCCAAAUGCCAUUUCCUUGGACCUGGUCUCUGGAUUCAUCAAUUUAUGGUCACAUCCUCCUCCUAUCUUGCUCCAUAGUUAAUAACCACACUCACAGAUGGGGCGCCUGGGUGGCUCAGUUGGUUAAGUGUCCAACUUCAGCUCAGGUCAUGAUCUCACAGCCCAUGGGUUUGAGCCCCACAACAGGCUCUAUGCUGACAGCUCUCUGCCCCUCUCCCACUCUCUCUGUCUCGCACGCGUGCGCAUGCACACACACACACACACACACACUCUCUCUCUCUCUCUCUAAAAUAAAUAAAAAUACUAAAAAUAAUUAAAAAAAAAAAACAACCACACUCACAGAAUCUCUAACUCACAGGAGGAAUGGGCAGAGCAUCUGUCCCUAAAUUAAUGUACACAGGUUACUCAGUUUCUUUUCCCUUAAAGGGGGGUUGGCUAGAUUACAGUGGAUGUCAACCUUGGGACAUCUUGCACAGCAUCUGAAGAUAUUUGGGGGCAAGAGGAAAUGCUGGUAUUUAGCGGGUAGAGAGUAGAGAUGCUUCUCUUUCUCUCUCUUAACAGAACAUACUCUUGGUGAGAGAUACACUUAAGAUAACAAAGGAUUAUCUGGUCCCAAGUGUCAAUAGCACAGAUCUUGAGAAACUCUUGGCUAGCAGACGCUGAGGUUCCUUCCUAGCUUUUAAAGAAUAGUAUGCCUCUAUUUCUUCUUCUUUUUUUAAAGCAUUUUAGAAAAAAUGUUUAUUUUUGAGAGAGAGCGCAAGCAGGGGAAAGGCAGAGAGAAAGGGAGACACAGAAUUGGAAGCAGGCUCCAGGCUCUGAGCUGUCAGUGCAGAGCCUGAUGCGGGGCUCAAACUCCCGAACCGGAAGAUCAUGACCUGAGCUGAAGUCAGACACUUAACUGACUGAGCCGUACAGGUGCCCCUCUAUUUCUUAACAACCCCAUCUGCUCCUACUAAA